ACGAGGCCCGUGCGGGUCACGUGACGCGUUCAGCCUUCACACGCUCGUGCGCAGCCAUUUUCUUGGGGGGCCGUUAUGCCAACGACUCCCUUAGGGUCGGGAAAGACAUCUCAAGUGUUUCCGGGUCUGGUUCGUAACUCGGAGGGGAAAAUGCAUCACCGUGUAGACUUACAGGUCCCUAGCUCAAGGUGUCAUCUAACUUACUCCCUUAGUCUUUAGAAAGAAAGAACGAGUAGUGAUAAGUGCAGGAAACAGAGCUGCUGUUGCUCCCGAUAUUUAAGACAUGCUAUGGAAGCGGCCGACUAGGAUGGAGGACGCAGGCGGUAAAAUCCUUCCGCGAGCUCGGAGAAUAGAGUCCUGGUCCUUUUAGACUGCCAAGGGGUGGGGUGUAGGGCGGAAGUUAUGGCGCAGGGCCGAAGUCUAGCUGCCGAAGGGCGGAAGUAGAAUCCCGAAGUCUGCAAUCAUGGCUCAAGAAGAGGAAGAUGUUAGAGAUUACAAUUUGACGGAGGAACAGAAGGCGAUCAAGGACAAGUAUCCUCCAGUCAAUCGAAAGUAUGAAUAUUUGGAUCAUACAGCUGAUGUCCAGUUACAUGCUUGGGGAGAUACUCUGGAGGAAGCAUUUGAACAGUGUGCCAUGGCCAUGUUUGGUUACAUGACAGAUACUGGGACUGUGGAACCCCUCCAAACAGUGGAAGUAGAAACCCAAGGAGAUGACUUGCAGUCUCUGCUGUUUCACUUUUUGGAUGAGUGGCUUUACAAGUUCAGUGCUGAUGAAUACUUCAUACCCCGGGAAGUGAAAGUACUCAAUAUUGAUCAAAAAAAUUUCAAGUUACGGUCAAUUGGGUGGGGAGAAGAAUUUUCAUUGUCCAAGCACCCUCAGGGAACAGAAGUCAAAGCGAUAACAUAUUCGGCAAUGCAAGUCUACAGUGAGGAGAAGCCAGAGGUGUUUGUGAUCAUCGACAUUUAAGAUGCCAAGAAAAAACGAGACUCUUACGAAGAACUCAUUGGUUUUCUUCCUUUUGAGAAGAUGCAAUGAUUUGUUUUCUAUAGUGUCUUUGCUAAAUAGAAAUACAGAACUGGGAAUUCAAAGUGUGACUUCAGAAGUGGAAAACCAGUGUGGAGUCUUAGUCUAUGAGUCUAGAUAAUGAGGAACAGUCUUGUACUAGAUCAUUGCAGCAGGUGCCUUACACCUUCCAGUGGAAUGCGAGCGCUCCAGCAUGGUCUCAGGGGAAUGCCCAUUGGUAUAGGAGCCGCUGGGACCGACUCCAACUUCAAACAAAGUGAUUUGAGCCGGGUAUGAUAGACAAUAUAUGCCGUGAUCACCACACUCAGGAGCCUGAGUUUGAGACCAGCUUUGACUAUGGAAUGAGUUUGAAGCUACCCUGGGCGACGUAACAUGUCCCUGUCUCAA